GCUCCACUCAUUUCUCUCUUACUGAACUAGAAGAAACAGUGUCAAAGUUACAAGAGGUUAUUAUGAAACACAAGACCAGCGUCCUAAGUUAGCUGAUUUUAAAAAAUCAUAAAAGAAUUUAAAAGGGGAAGAUGAGGAAUGCAAGUGUUGCAGCUGAGGCAGUGGAGCAAAACUCUAGAAGGAAAAAAGGAGUUGUUGAUGAGAAUGUUCCUUUGUUACCAAAGGUUCAGGGGAGUGAUGAUGUUUCAGGGUUUGAAGAGUUUAAUGGAGCUUCAUUUUAUGGGGCAGUUUUCAACUUGUCAACUACAAUUAUUGGUGCUGGAAUCAUGGGGUUGCCAGCAUGUGUGAAAAAGUUGGGGAUGGUGCCUGGGCUUCUUGCUAUAAUCUUUACAGGUUUCUUGACAGAGAAGUCAAUUGAGUUCCUGAUUAGGAAUUCUAGGGCAGGGAAUUUUUCCUCUUAUGGGAGUCUCAUGGAGGAUGCUUUUGGGAAAUUUGGAAAAGCUUUGGUGGAGAUAUUUGUUAUAGUCAACAACAUUGGUGUGUUGAUUAUUUACACGAUUAUACUUGGGGAUGUGAUUUCUGGAACAUCUUCUGGUGGAACUCACCAUUCUGGUCUCCUUGAAGGCUGGUUUGGAGUUCAUUGGUGGACUGGAAGAACGUUUGUUGUUGCGUUUACAACAGUUGCUGUGUUUUCACCUUUGGUCAGUCUUAAGAGAAUCGAUUCAUUGAAAUUCACAUCUGCAUUAUCAGUUGGGCUAGCAGUAGUUUUUCUAGUGAUUGCUGUUGGAAUCUCAGUCUUCAAGAUCAUAGUUGGAGGCAUUGGAAUGCCCAGAUUCUUCCCAAUAAUUACUGAUAUGGCAUCAAUUUUGGAACUGUUCACUGUAGUUCCUGUGCUUGUGACUGCCUAUAUCUGCCACCCCAAUGUACACCCCAUAGACAAUGAACUGGAGGACUCCUCUCAGAUGCCUGGCGUUGUACGUACAUCCCUUAUUCUGAGUGCUUCAGUGUACUUGCUGACAAGCUUCUUUGGGUUCCUCCUAUUUGGUGAAGCAACACUUGAUGAUGUGCUUGCAAAUUUUGACACUGAUCUUGGAAUUCCUUUGGGUUCUGUGCUCAAUGAUGCAGUUCGUUUCAGCUAUGCUGCACAUCUCGUGCUUGUAUUUCCAGUUGUCUUCUAUGGAAUGCGUGUCAACCUAGAUUCUCUCUUAUUUCCAUCAUCCAGGCCUUUGACUCAAGAUAACAUUAGAUUUGCAUCAAUUACUGUUACACUUGUUGCUGUUAUCUUCCUUGGAGCAAAUUUCAUACCCAGCAUUUGGGAUAUUUUCCAGUUUACUGGAGCAACCGCUGCUGUUUGCAUAGCAUUCAUAUUUCCAGCUGCCAUCAUUCUGCGGGAUGGACACAACAUAGCAACUAAAAGGGACAAGAUUCUAUCAGUCUUUAUGAUAUUCUUGGCUGUCUUGUCAAAUGCUGUGGCUUUAUACAGUGAUACUUAUGCCUUGAUCAAGAAGAACAAAACUUAUACAUGAAUUCUUUUUUUCUUGAAACUUUCUUUGAAGCUCAUAGCACAAGCACGUUCAUACUUUCAUAAGGGUUGAUCAUGGAAUAAGCCACCAAGUGUUGGUAACAUGUUCAAAACUGUGUAAAUAAGAGUUUUAAUUAAUGAUCGAUCUUCAAGUUUAAAGGAUUUUGCAAAAUCAGUCUAUAUAAAAUGACUGAAUAUUUUUUUUUUCUCUAAGUCAGUUUUUAUUUAAUAAAUACUUUAUAGCGGUUAUUAUAGUUUGAUCUUUAUUGUUGUAAAUAGUUUUUACUUUUUAUGACUCUAUUUCCUGGGCUUCAUCUAGUCAAA